AUGGUCGUUCGCACCAUCCACGAUCUGAACGCCCGACAACUCAUCGUGCGGCCGACUCUGCCUAGCCCCUCUACGGACACGGAGCGCUUUUCUCUCGCAGAUGCUGGUCAUCUGAAGCUAAAGCUACAAGCUCUCGAUCGCGCCAUAUCGAGCAUACGGCCACAUAGUCCUAGCGAAGAUGAUAUUACCAAUGUUGACGAUGCCUGUAAAGCAAACCCAUCUGGAGGAUCCGUCUACGUCGCUGGCUCGGAGAGGUUCUACCUCGUAGUAAAAGGCCUCACGGGGCCGCGCGCCACUGCCGAUGCUUAUGCUGAAGCAUACAAGAACGUCCUGCAAGGCAGGCCCUAUGCUAACAAAUACAAGCUAUCCGGGUGGGAGGGGCCAACACCCACAUUCUCAGAGAUACGUCCUCUACUACGAGAUAUUGACAUUGCCUGCGAAACCAACCUCGAAAGCGCCUUUGCCAUACUUGAGGAAAGAGCCAAACCCUUUCCCUUCCUCCGACUUCCCGCUGAGCUCCGCCUCCACACAUACUCAUUCCUUCUUCCCCCCGGGCCUCGCAUCGACCUUGACCCUUCACGUCAACACGUCACGCGUCCACGCCUCAACAUCAUGCGAACCAACAGGCAGUUACACAAUGAAGUUAGGAAGCUCUUCUACGGGAACAGAAGAAUGUUCAUUCAAGUGGGACCCGGCCUCAUGGACAAAGAACUCGCAAUCAAAUAUGACCACGGCCUCAAGGGUUUACACAUGGCAACUACAAUAAACCCGACUGCCCUGCAGCUUCUGAAAGAGCUGGAAUUCCAGUUCUGUAAACAUAUGUGCGGCGAGAGCUACCCCUCAGAAUCAUGGAUGAACCCCAUGGGCCGCAUAUACUACGCACUCAAGCUUGAACGUAUCCGUAUCACCUUCAUCAAGAAUGAUAUCUACCGUUUAAGUGCGGCAGGGUCUACGAAUCCUAAAGGUCUGGAAUCACAGCGGAUUCAAUACGAGAAAUUGGAGCGCUUUGGCAGAUGGUUUAUAAACCAGAUUCCGGCGUCUGUGAACGUGUCGUGGUCACGCGAAGACGCGGCAAUUUUCUUUAACAGCACUGCUGUGGAGCAGCGUUUGUAUCAGGCCAUACAAGAAAGGGCAUUGCCUGAAUAG